UUGAUUCUUAAGGCAACACUAUGGAAUUGAUGGGAUAGGACAGUAAGAGUUCCUUUCUUCUUUUUUCUUGUUUAGAGUAAUGUGCCAUUAUGGAAUCUUUCCAAAGCAUUCAACUUUUUAUUGCUACAGCUCAUUGUUUUUACAUUGAUAUAUUUGGUAUAACAACUUUAUUUAGAUAUAAUCCACAUACCAUAAAAUUUAUCAUUUUUAAGGGGUACAAUUCAUGAUUUUUAGUAUAUCCACCAUUGAGUCUAUCUACUGUACACAACUAUGACCAGUGUCUAAUUCCAGAACAUUUUCACCACCUCAAAAAUAAACCCUGAAUCUCUUAGCAGUCACUUGCUGUUUUCCCCUGCCCUCAUCCCCACUCUACUUUCUGUCUCUAUAGAUUUGUCUAUUUAGACUCCCUUCACAUAGCACAAUGUUUUCAAGAUUGAUCCAUGUUGUGACGUGUCAGUACUUCACUGUUAUUGCUGAAAAAAUUUCAUUAUAUGUAUAUACCUCAUUUUGUUUAUCCAUUCAUCAUCAGAUGGACACUUUAGUUUCUUCUGGGCUGUUAGGUCCUUCCCCACCCAUGUUUAAUUUUUUAAAUUAAUAGAAUGUAUUUUUAGAACAGUUUUAGAUUUACAGAAAAAUUGAGCAGAUAGUACUGAGUUCCCAUCUAUUCCCCCCUACACACACUAACAAAAUAGUAGUAUGGGACAUUUAUGUUACAAUUAUUGAACUAAUAUUGACACAUUAUUAUGAAAGUCCACAGUUUAUUCAGAUAUCCUGAGUUUUUAACCUAAUAUCAUUUUUGUGUUCCAGAAUCUCAUUUAGGAUACCAUGUUACAUUUAAUAGUCAUGCAUCCUUAGACUCCUCUUGCCUGUGACAGUCUCUUAGAAUCUCCUUGUUUUGAUGAACUUGACAGUUUUGAGGAGUAUUGGUCAGGUGCACAAGAUGCUCCUGUGUUGGAAUUUGAUGUUUUCCUCAUGAUUAGGGGUUUUGGAAGAAAAAUCACAGAGAACCAUUUUCAUCACAUCAUACCAAGGGUAUAUGUUAUUACCAUGAUUUAUGACUAUUGAUGUUGACAUUGACGACCUGAUCACCUGGCCGAAGGGGUGUUUGUCAGGUUUCUCCACUGUAAAGUUACUUUUUCCCCCCUUCUAUGUCCUGCUUACGCUAAAGGAAUGGGGAGUUGCAGUCUACUUUUUUGGGAGUGGAGUGGCUACAUAAUUAGCUGAAAUUUUUCCUCAAGGGAGAGUUGUCUCUUUCCCCUUGUUUAUUGAUUCAAUCAUUUAUGUUUAUCAGUGUGGAUACAUGAAUACUUUAUAUUUUGGGUUACAUUUUAAUUCUAUGUUUUGUUUCUCAAAUUAUCCCAGCUUUGGCCAUGGGGAACUCUUUCAGUUUUCUCCUGUGUCCCCUUUGAAAUACCCCCAUCAAUGUGGGUUUUGUGUUUUGUUUUGUUUUUGAGUACCUCCUUAUUUUUCUCCUUUCAUUUUUAAAUAACUCCAAUCCCUAUAGAAGUUGGGGCUAGAAAAACUUAACAAUGCUCCCUAUCGCAGGUCAUCCAGUUCCUAUGCUGAUGGAGGAAAUGUGCCUCACCCGCAGAGGGCUGGGGAGGAGGCAUCUGGGAUUAUUGUGGUUGAAUAAGACACCUGUCCUGGCCCUCCUGGAGGUUAGUUUAGUAGGUCACACAAGUAGUCAUUGGUAACUUUGGGAUUCAAACAAAUCUGUUAGGCUCAGACCUGCCUGUUACUUGUCCUCCAAGCUGCAUAUAAACUGAGGAGCCUUAAAGGGUAAAAACUUCAGGAGCCAAGAAGACAAAAGUUUUAAAACAAGAUUUGCAAGAAAGCUGUUUUCCAGAUUUUAUUCUGAAGGCACUAGCUACUUUAAGCUAUUUUUUGUUAUAUUUUGCCCUUGUAGUUGGCUUCUGAUUUCUUACUGAACAUUCAUUGUCAUAAUUAUAGACACUAUGUGACAAUCAAUGGCAUAUUUUGUGCUGCAUUUUUAUUAAAUGGCACCCCGAAUUUUUCCCAAGUAGGUAGGUUUUAAAUUAUGAAUAUAUACUGUGACAUAGUAUCUUACUUAGUACAGUACUCUAAUAAGAUUCUUAUUUAUAUAACAAAUAUUAAGUUUUAUUCCUCUGUAGUGCUACUUUAGACUAUGAGCUAAUUUAAAUGAAGCCAAUCUAAAAAUCGUGUUACUUCUAAGGAUGUUGAGUAAGUUGAACAAUUCCGCUGCCAUAUCACCCCUCCCCAGUGCAGAUUGUGAACGAGAACCCACUGAUUUAAAGACAACACUGCAGCCCCUUCUUGCCUCAUUGAAGUUCCUAGUUUUAUCAUUACAGUAAAAGCACUUAAUGUUGGCACUUCUGACAGAAUGAAGGAAGAGCCAGAACCAGGCAGAGUAGUGUGAGCCUGUAAUCCCACCUACUCAGGAGAGUGAGGCAGGAGGAUCACUUGAGCCCAGGAAUUCAAAGCCAGUCUGGGCAACAUAGACCUUGUCUCUAAAAAUGAAAUGAUUAGGAAGGAAAGAAGGAAGGGAGAGAGAAGCCAUUAUAGACUGGGUGUAUCUUUUCUAUGUGGAGCCAUUUUGUAAGAACAGCAUUUUUUCAAACUGGGCCCGUACUGGUACGUGUGAAAUCAGUUUAGUUGGUUAUGACCAUAUUUUUAAAAAGAAAUAUCAGUAAUCACUAUAGUGUAAUUAUAUUGUUAUGUGAAACCCAUCUUAGAUACGUAUGUCUGUAUGUGCAAGAUUGUGAUAUAAAAUGCAUUUCUUACUGUGGUUAAAUAGUCAAAGAAGUUGGAGAACCAUUACUGGAAGGGGACAGAGGACUCCACGUGAGCUCUUCUGCCUUCCCUGAAUGAACUUCCACAACUUAAUGCUAGGACAUUUCAACCUUUUCUAAAAAUUAGAGUCGGAGAACAUCUUGGGGAGGAGAGGAAAAGGUAAAAGCGGCAAAGCAACACCCUCGCACCCCACCUCAAACCCCCCAUUCAGCUUGGGAAUGUUGUCAGAACCUUAAAUAUAAUUCAGCUCACCAUUCUGGAUAAGGACAGACUCUACCAAAGAAAAUGGGUAAUUACCCAGCUGUGAAACACGAAAACGUACUUUUACGGCUACACAUUCCUUUACAAACCACUGUGUACACUUCAGCCUCCCCGCCUUCUGCCCACCCAGCCGCCAUUUCUUUUCUCCAGGAGAGAAAGCUGCAUGUCUAAGUGGUCAUAGAUUGUUGAGUAUCAUACUUUCCUACCUCGUUAUUUGCGUGGUUUUAAUUGUGCCUUAACAGAACCCAUGCAAAGCCCGGCCAACUAGCGCUGCGCUGGACGAGUGGAGCAUCUUCCUUGGUGGCAGGCUUCCAGCCCAGCCCACCCCAGGCCAGGUGAUCGGCCGCCACAUCCCCUGCGACUGAAGAACCUACUCCUCCAUGGACUUGCCAAGAGCUGAGCGCCUUCGUUCCACACUGCAGCGCAGCCUCCGGGACUCCGAUGGGGAAAACGGUAAAAUCAAUGCCCUGGGAGAGGAGGUAAAUGAAGACGAGGAGGAGGAGGCAAGCCAGCAGUUCCUAGAGCAGCAGCCCCAGCCGGGGCUGCAGGUGGCGCGGCGGGGCGGGGGUGAGCUUCCCAGAGAGCACAACGAGGGCGGUGGCGGCCCGAACGACCCCUCGGACUUUGGCACCAAGUUCAGGAUACCGCCGAGGUAUGCGGCGGCCUCUGGAGACGCCCCGCAGCCGGCAAAGCCCCCCUACUCGUACAUCGCGCUCAUCACCAUGGCCAUCCUGCAGAGCCCACACAAGCGCCUCACGCUCAGCGGCAUCUGCGCCUUCAUCAGCGGCCGCUUCCCCUACUACCGCCGCAAGUUCCCGGCCUGGCAGAACAGCAUCCGCCACAACCUCUCGCUGAACGACUGCUUCGUCAAGAUCCCCCGCGAGCCGGGCCACCCAGGCAAGGGCAACUACUGGAGUCUGGACCCCGCCUCCCAGGACAUGUUCGACAAUGGCAGCUUUCUCCGGCGCAGGAAGCGUUUCAAGCGCCACCAACCGACCUCGAAAGCCCACCAACUACCCCACCCCUUCCCUCUACCCGCUGCUCCGGCCGCCCUGCACAACCCCCACCCGAGCCUUCUGCUUGGGGCCCCUGCUCCGCCGCAGCCUGUCCCGGGGGCCUACUCCACCGCCGCGCCCGGGAGACGCCCGUGCGCUCUGCUGCACCCGCAUCCUCUUCGCUACCUACUGCUCUCGGCCCCCGCCUAUGCAGAGGCACCGGGGAAAGCAGAAGGCGCGGACCUGGUGACCCCUGGCACCCUUCCGGCUCUGCAGCCCUCGCUAGGUCCCCAGCCUUGGGAGGAGGGCAAAGGUCCCGCGUCGCUACCAGGAGGUGGAUGCAUCUCUUUCAGCAUUGAGAGUAUUAUGCAAGGGGUCAGGGGCGGCGCUACAGGGGCUGCGCAGAGUUUGUCCCCGACCCCGUGGAGCUACUGCCACCUGCUGCAGCGCCCAUCAUGCCUGUUGCAUCCCCAGAGCGCUGCCCCUUUGCUGCACGUUUCCGCCGCCGCCGCUGCUCGGACAAUUUUGCAGCAACAGCAGCAGCAUCAGGAGGAGGACGUCUGCGCGGACGGCUGCGCUCCCACCAAGGGCGCGGUGCUGGGAGCGAACCUGUAGGCCGCUUCUGCGCUGCUUAGGUACCAGGCAGUGGCAGAGGGCUCUAGGCUGACUUCGCUGGCUGUCCCUUUGGGUGGAGAGGGGACUUCACCGGCUUUCUGAGUAGCACCCACGCCCAGUUCCCUGGCCAACUCCGCAGGGCGCUCCAAGAGCUAGGUUGGAGGGCGGAGCGACCCGCAGCUGCUCAUUCCACCUUGCGCGGCCCAAACUGGGCCUGUGCAUUUGAAUCGCGCUGCAGAGCAAACACAAACUUCUGUUCGCUGCAAAAUGAUUAGAAAGGAACAGCUGGAUUCCGUUCCUCUAAAGACCACCUGAACGUAAACUUCGGAGGGCGUCAAGUCAUCUUUUCUUGCCUUCAGUUGUGGUUUCCACGGAUUUCCCGAUUUGCACAUUUCCUGGGGAACUAUGAAAGUGAGUGGGGUAUUUUGUUCUGGUAUUAAAAGAAAAACAAGCAAGCAAACAAAGACACAGCCUCCGACGCCAAACAUGUUCCCCCUUCUUCACUUCCUUGGAACUGGAAAUAUUAUUCCGAAGUACAAAAUGCGUCCACCCUCUGUGUCUUCCUGAUAGGGAUGUGUAAUGUAAGUAGGAUGUUAAUUUCAGAACAUUGGUAUCUGUGUGACUGACGUGCCAUCUUUCAUGUUAAAAUUAAGGUAUUAAAAUUAAGCCUAGUUAUAUAGACGAAAUAAAAUGCUAAGUCACUACACUA